AUGGGAAGGCGCCCAGGUCGAGCAGCUGCGAAAAAUGCAGCUGCAGCAUUAAGUAAUUCAACCUUCAACAAACAAACCUCCACCGCAUUCAACACUAACAUGGAUAUGGCAGAAAACACCCCUCAAUACAACGAGGCCGAGGAUGAGCAGAUGCCAGAUGCGCCGACCUCCGAUGUAGACAGCCCGCACGAAGACGCUGAGGAAGAGAAUGCCGGAGAUGACGAUGAAGAUGGCACCCCAGCGCAAGAAUCUGAACCCGAAGCCGCAUCCGUACCAACUACUCCUGCGCCAGAACCUGUUCGCAAACGCCGAUUAGGGAGACCGCCAAAGAAUCGACCGGCAGAUUGGGAUACGCAAGACCGUGAUGGCGAGCGAUCAGAAACCGGCACCCCAAGGCGCGGUAGAGGUAGAGGUAGAGGAGGGGCCGGACGCGGUGGUGGUCGAUGGGCACGCCGUGGAGGGCCUUCACACGUUACACAGCAGCCAAUUGAUAAAGAGGGGAACAUGAUGGAUGUAAUCAACGAUGAAGUCGAAUUGCCAGAGGAUCCCGAGGGCGAGGCCAAGGUCGAUAAGAUGGGUUACCUCCAAGGCGGACGCGAAUACCGAUGCAGGACAUUCACAGUGUUGGGUCGGGGCGAACGGCUCUAUAUGUUGUCCACCGAGCCAGCAAGAUGUGUGGGAUUCCGCGACAGUUACCUGUUCUUCACCAAGCACAAGCGCCUGUUCAAGAUUAUCAUCGAUGAUGACGAGAAACGUGAUAUGAUCGAGCGCGAGAUCAUCCCACAUUCCUACAAAGGUAGAGCUAUUGGUAUCGUCACAGCACGGUCAGUCUUCCGCGAAUUCGGUGCUCAGAUCAUAGUCGGCGGCAAGAGAGUGAUCGAUGAUUACGAAGUUGCGAAAGCCAGGGCCACGGGUGUUGUAGAGGGCGAAUUGGCGGAUCCAAAUGAUCAAAUCAAGGAGGGCCAGGCCUACAACAAGAAUCAGUAUGUUGCAUGGCAUGGUGCCAGCUCUGUGUAUCAUUCUGGAGCGCCAACAGUACCAAUGCAAGCCAAGGCUGCCGAAGGCAAGAAACGUCGGGUCAAUAUCAACGAUGUUAAUUGGAUGUUGGAGCAUGCUAGAGAAGCAAGUCAAUUUAACGCAACCCUCGGUGCUAUCCGUCGGGCAAAUCUGAACGGCAUCUACGAUCCCAACACGAACACCAUGCAAUACCCAAAGAUCAUGCAACCCACCCAUGCAAGAUGGGAGCAAAUCGACGACAAUGAGAUCGAAGCCAAGGGAUAUGUUCCAGAUGAUGAUAACGAUGGCGAAGCUCGCUCCAUAUUCCCGCCUGUCAAGCCCAUCUACUCCCGCAACUUCAUGAUCGUUGAUACAUACUACGAGAGCCCUGCGGCAGCCAACCCCGGAGUCCCUGGCCCAGAUGGUGAUGUCUAUGAUCUCGGUCUCAAUGGUCUAUCCAGUAUCUCGGAUGAUAUCAAAUCUGAACUUCCUCCCGAGUGCCUGAAGGCGUUGAAUGAGGCUUUGGAUCGGGAGUUGGAGUGGAAGGAGAAAUGGGGAUCUGAGGGUAGGGAUGGCCAUCGCAGGGCGCCGGUUAUUGAUAAGGGGACGAUCAUGUAG